AAUGUAUAAAUAACAAAUUUAUUAUGCGUAGUUGCGUGGUAAACAGAUUUAUAAAUAGUUCUGGGGACUUUGGUUUUGUCACACGAUAAAUCAUAUGAUGGCAACCCGUGACACAGCUGUCAAAGUCAAAAUUGUCAAAGUACAGGUCGAAGUAAAACAUGCAUACAGAAAAGCUCUGUUAAAAAAAUCAUGCGGAUCGCAAGUGAAAAAGUGACAUAGCACAAAAUAUUUAAUUUAACAUGUUACUGUAAGGAACCAGACAUGGAAUACUAUCAGGUAGAGCUGAAUAAAGAUAAGGGGGCUGGAAGCAAAGAUGACAAUUCGACUAACAUGUACAUCAAAACCAUAGAAUGGGACAUGAUGGACAAGAGCAAGUUCUUCCCACUAUCCAUGUUAAGUUCAUUUUCAGUAAGGUGUGCUUUAUAUCCUUUGACACUCAUCAAAACCAGACUGCAAGUACAGAAACACAAUGACAUGUAUUCUGGGAUGUUUGAUGCAUAUGGGAAAAUUUAUAGAUAUGAAGGAUUCUCAGGUUUAUACAGAGGGUUCUGGAUAUCAUCCGUGCAAAUAGUCAGUGGCGUUUUUUAUAUUUCAACAUAUGAGGGAGUGAGACACGUUUUAAGUUCGAAAAUUGAAAAUUCUCGUAUAAAGGCCUUAAUAGCAGGAGGAUCAGCAUCAAUUGUGGGGCAAACAAUAAUAGUACCAUUUGAUGUGCUCAGUCAGCAUUUAAUGAUGAUAGGAAUAAAUACAAAAGAAGGGAGUGCAGCAUUUAAUCCACUGGGAAUCAACUCAAGUCCAGAUCGCAGCAAAUUGGCAAUAACCAUAGACGUGGCGCGGCAAAUAUUUAAAGUCGACGGAAUAGCGGGAUUCUAUCGUGGUUAUUGGGCAAGUUUGGCCGCUUACGUGCCUAAUUCCGCCUUGUGGUGGGGUUUCUACCAUUUAUACCAAGAUGAACUGUGUUCAAUACUGCCAAGCUGGGUGUCGCACCUGUUAAUCCAGACCGCCGCCGGUACCUUGGGCGGCUUCACGACGACCAUCAUCACGAAUCCGUUGGACGUGGUGCGGGCGCGUUUGCAAGUACAAAGAAUCGAUUCGAUGAAAACCGCAUUCAGGGACUUGUGGUAUGAGGAGGGCCUGAGGAUGUUCUCCAAGGGACUCAGUGCCAGACUCAUACAAUCGGCUACGUUUAGUUUUAGCAUCAUCCUCGGUUACGAGACCAUCAAGCGGGUCUCGGUCAAUGAAGAAUACAAAAAAUAUGUAAAAUGGUGAUACACAACUUGUAUAAUUUAUAAAUCGUUGUUUUUAUUUGUCUACGAACGUGUAGUCAACUAGUUAAUUGUUAGAUAAUUAUAUUUUGUUACAGCCAAAGAUUGGCUGAUGCAGAUUUUAUUUAUGUCUAAUAAAAAAUGUUUUUAGUCGGUGAACAUGAAAGAAGUUUGUGAUCAGCAUGAUAAUAAUUGUGAAAUGUGUACAUGUUGAUAUUAAAACAAUUUUUAAGAA